AUGGCUUCAUCUGCAAAAUGGGGUUUCGUUUUUAUGGCUCUGGUAUGGUGUGGAAGCACAGAAGCAGUAACUAAAGAAGGAAAUGACGUACCUUGCGUUGCGUGCAGCCAGGCAAUGAGCGCGAUGGUGCCAUGUUUUGAGUUUUUGGAGGGUGGAGGAUCAGAGGAGCCUUCACCUAGAUGCUGUCUGGCUGGUAUGCAAUUGAGGGCCAUGUGUAGUACGGCUGAGAUAAGGAAGGCUGUGUGUUAUUGUUUCAGAGACGCCAAGUUCCAACCUCCGAUUCUUGCUCAGAGAGUUCAACAGCUUCGUCAAGCUUGCGUCAAGGACCUUCCAAACAUUCCUGCCGAUCCCCACGAGGAAUGUUUCUGGGAUGUUGAGGGGCAACAAAUAAGCAGAAGAACUGUAGGACUUAAUAGGAAAUCAUAA